AUGGUCGCUACACCGUCCAGAGCUCCACAACGACCACUGUCCGUGACCGUCUUGGCAGCUCGACGCUUCAUCGGGAAAACUACUCUCACUAUGAAAGCGGUUCACUCUCACUAUCCCAUCUGUCCAUAUUGUGGCGACUACGCUCACCAUGCGAGCGGCUCAUCUCUCGGCUACGGGGACCAUCGUGCGACGCGAGCAUUGGGUUACGACUCAGACUCCUCAGACGAAGGCCAUGUGACUGAGGAGGUCUAUGUUCCUCUCGGUAGAUUGACUCUUGGAGAAUCUACCAGUUCUCGCACUGGAGGAUCGCACAGCUCUCGACACAGCUCUCGACCCACCGAGUCUCGAUCCACCGCUCGACCCACCGAUUCUCGCCACACUUCCCGGCCCACCGAGUCUAGAUCCACCUUCCCGACACACCGUCUCGACCCACCGAGUCCCGACACACCAGCUCUCGACCCAGCGAGUCUCGACACACCAGCUCUCGACCCACCGAGUCCCGACACACCAGCUCUCGACCCAGCGAGUCCCGACACACCAGCUCUCGACCCACCGAGUCUCGACACACCAGCUCCAGACAUCCCAGCUCCCGACAAUCCACCGCCCCAGGUACAUCCGGGGAGCUCACUGUAUACGGAGAGCGUUCAUCCCAUGCGCCCUCGGUCAGCCGACACACCAGCUCCAGACAUCCCAGCUCCCGACAAUCCACCGCCCCAGGUGCAUCCGGGGAGCUCACUGUAUAUGGAGAGCGUCCAUCCCAUGCGCCCUCGGUCAGCCGACACACCAGCUCCAGACAUCCCAGCUCCCGACAAUCCACCGCCCCAGGUGCAUCCGGGGAGCUCACUGUAUAUGGAGAGCGUCCAUCCCAUGCGCCCUCGGUCAGCCGCUACACGACCGACGACCGUGAGACGGGAUCGAGUAGACGCAACUCUGGCGCUCAUGGCGGCAGGGAAGUGGCUCGUCGCCACUGAUCUGUGA